CUCCUGAUUUGCCGGACUCGCACGCGUUCUCGUGCAACAAUUGUAAAUAAAGUGAGGUCGCAAACAGUUUCGUGAAGAAAAAAGCCGUAAAAAUGACCAGCAAAAAGCUAAAAGUUGAGGCGGAAGAUGAAGAGGAGCAGCGUAUGGACGCGAAAAGCGGCAGCGAUGAGUCGAGUGACGAAGAAAAUGACGAAGCAUACGAGGGGGAUGAGGGUAUCACCGUUGAUUUCGAGGGAAGAAAUCCGAUCGACCCCGAUCUGGACGGCAUCAAACAGCUGCUGGGACAGCUCUUCGUAAAGGCACACAUCGACCUCACGGAGCUGGCCGGCGUUAUUGUGGCUCAAAACUAUGUCGGCAGCGUGCUGAAGCAAGCGUACACCGAUGCGGACGAUGACGAGGAGGACGAGGACACGGACAUGGGUGACCCGUGCCAGGUGGUGUUUGGCGUGACGACCAUCAUCAAUCUGGCCAACAAACAGGAGCUGGCCUCCGUCCGGCAGCUGAAGAAGAUGAUCUUCGAAAAGGCGGAGAAGUACGCGACCGAGCUGGUGCAGCAGCAGUUCCACGAUGCGCUCGAGGGCGGCUCCAAAACGACGGGAUUACUGCUGAACGAGCGCUUCAUCAACAUUCCGGCCGCAGUCUGUGUGCCGAUGUGUGAAAACCUCCUGUCCGAGAUGGAGCGGGCCCGCACCAAGGGCAUGCCAUUCGCGUUCGACUACUAUUUGAUGUUCGUCAAAUACUACCAGCAGGCGGCCGCCGGCGAUAAGCCGGCCGAGGUGAUCUACAGCAACGACGAGGAGGAAUACUUUAUCAAGGAUUCGUGCGCCAGCUUCGACUAUUCCGUGCAGAAGGAAACCACGACGGCGCUGGCGGGCCAGUGGCAGAAGAAGGACGAGGAGCUGCAACCAUUCCGCAAGGUGCUGCUGAUCGAAGCGAGCAAACUGCCCGGCAUUGUGGCCACCAUCAAGAAUCUGGUAGCGUCCGUGGCGAACAAGUAGAGCUGUAGAUCGAAUAAGAUUUCUAUUUUUUUCAAAAUAUCCCUCCCUUUUUUAGUGUGAAUGUGUGUUUAAUCUUGUGCCGUAGCUUUGUGCUAACUGAUAAUGAAAAAUAAACGAAAGUUCCUCGCCUCCAGAACGCUGGGGUUUGUACCGACUAUUCGGUAAAAUGAAG